UCGGACAUGCAGCGCUGGGGCGGCAUGUUAUCGGCCCUGCUGCGUGUGUUGGUCACACACGUGCGGGAAGACGUGCUGCUGGCCAGGGUGGACGACCUCGGGCUGGCCACCACGGAGCUGCACCGGGACCGGGAGCGAGCCGUCAGCGCCCAGGAAAUCGUCGUCAGGUUCCUGUUGUCUGCUCUGGAGCUGCUGGUCGGCCAGCUGGCCUCGGUGGUGGCCAGCCCUCUGAUGUGGGGCACCACCACCUGUCUGCCCCAACUGCUGGCACAGCUCCUGCAGAUCAUCAUCUACAUACUGCAGUCAGGCGCGUUCGGCGAGUGCGCGCGCUGCGCCAUGUGGCUGGUCUCGGAGGGCCUGUACGACCUGGAGCCCAUCAGCAACGCCUUCCUCAGCCUGGCCGGCGUGCAGCCGGUGCUGCUGCUCUCCUGGUGUAACCUGCUCACACUGCUCAACUACCGGCAGCUGGACUUUUGGCGGGCGCUCACCCAGCCGCCCGCCGACCCCAGCUGGGAAUCUACAGGAUGCCUCGCCCGUGAUCUGGCCCGCAAGGGAGCUCUCAUUCUUCUCUGUGAUUACAUGUGUGAGAACACGUCGGACGGUGAGCUGCUCGCCUGGCUGCUCACUUCUCACAUGACGGAGCUAGUGGCGCUCAGUGCCGAGCCUCCCGUCUCCGAUAUGCUGGCCGCGCUCCACCGGAACCCCUCGGCGUCCGGCCUGCUGAUCCAGGCCAUCGCAGCGCGCUGUCGGCAUCUGGACCAGCCGCUGAUGGCCCAGCGCGUGCUGCGCUGUCUGGAGGGAGCGCCUGCCGCUCAGUAUGGGCCGCUAUUGCUGUUACUGUCUCGCCGCCUGAUGACCUCACACCACCUGGUCGUGGCCGACGAGGUCAUUCGGCUAGCGUGCAGGAAGCUGGAGAUCAUGCUGGCGGCUGAGGAGCGAAUACUCUCAGAAGACAACUUCAACGAGCUGGUUGAAAAUAUAUCUAAGGAGCCAUCUCUAAUGAGGGAACGCGAGCUGACCUCCCUGGUGACCCGGCUGGGUCAGACGUUCUUCGGCGUUCCCCUGGCUCUGGGUGAGGAGGAGGCGGAACGGCCGGCCGCCGCGCCACCGGCCGUGCCAGACCGUGACUGGUACCUGCAGCUGGUCAGGGACACGAGCGGCUGGUCGGAGGCCCCCGGUCGGGAGUGUGCCCGUCUCCUGGCGCGACUGGAGCAGCAGGAGAUCCUGGACAUUCUCAUGGCUGAGGGAACUGACCUGGCCAUCCUGGAGCACUGCUUCCGACAACCGGAUAUCGGCACGGAGGCGGGCGGCUCGGCACUGUACGCUGCGGCUGAGACUGCUCUGUGCCAACACCUGGAGCUGAUCUGUAGCCAGCUACCCUCCCCCGAUCAGGCGUUCGCCAGUGACCGGUACCGUAAAUACACCCGCCGCCUCGAGGAGCAGCUGUGUGAGCCGACCGUGUGGCGGCGCCUGCUGCGACUGGCGGCCGGCGUCCAGGCCUACUGUGCCUCCCGACACACUGCCACAGUUCAUCUGGAGCCGCCGGAGACGGCUGCCGCGCCUCUGGCCAGGCUGGCGCUGCUCUGUCUGGAGGCUCUACGCUACAGCGUGACCUGUCGUCUGCCGGAACUGCCGCGACACGUGCGCGUCCUGUUGGGCACCGCCGCCGGCUGCCUGCGACUCUCCUCUGUGCUGGCCGAGCUGGCUGCCAGGGACACCCAGUGGACGGUGCUGGCAGUCAACGCCAUCUACCGGGUGACGCGCGUGCUGCGCGGUGCUCUGCCAGAGACGUCGGUGUCGGCAGUGUCGACCGGCGUCGAGUCGCGGGUCUACCAGCGGAUGGCCUCGCUGAUGCUGUGGGCUGAGGCGCUUCAGGACAGACACGAGACAGCCGUCAAGAUCAGGUCCGUGGUGCUGGCGGUGGGCCGCCUGCCCCUGCUCUCCAGUUUCCUGCGCGUUCCCCCGGACGUGUACCGUCUGGGCUGGGACGAGCAGGAGCGCCAGAGACAGGGCCGCUUCAGUCCGGUGGCCGUCCAGUACCUACAGGAGGCCGACGUGCUCAAACAGUACAUCCUCAGGGUGAACACUCUGGGCUGGACGGGCCGCCGUGAGUUCGAGGAGACCUGGAUGACUUACCUCUCUGUGCUGAACGCGGCAACUGAGGAUGACACCUCCAACCGCGAGGAACUGGCCGUCCUGCUACAGACCAACUGCCUGGCGGUGCGCGGCAUCACCUCGCUGCUACUGCAGACGCUCACCGCCAUGACGCCGGGCUACCCGGAGGUCAGCGCCACGCUGCACUACCCCCGAGACCACCAGCCUGUGUUCGUGCCAGGGAGCUCCAUCAUGCACCUGCACCGGACACUACAGCAGCUGGAGGCGGCAGUGGCUGCCUCGCCACUGCUGCCGCCCAUGGUGUUCGCUCGGCAGCUCAACCUGGAGCGGCGCCACGACGCGGGGAGCUAUGGACACGGACAGCUGUCGCUGCGCUAUCUGCAGGGAGUCAUCAGCGGCAACAACGGCGCCCACUCGGGCCGCGAGGUGGCGCUGGCGGCCGCCGGCCUGGACAUCAACUCGUGCCUGGUGUUCCUGCUGCAGCUGUACGCCCAGUGGACGGCGCCGGAGAUGGGCGUACCGCUGCCGCUGCUCACCGAGACGCUCCGUUCAGCGGUCCUGCUCUCAGACCUACUGACCGAGCGCGGCCAGUUCGAGUGGCUGCUGGCCACCUGCGUCUCGCUCUACCAGCUCCACCCGGUCGAUGACGAGAUAAUGCUACAGUACCUGGUGCUCGGACUCUGCAAGGCGGCCGCGGUCCUGAAUGCCGAGGAAUCUACAGUAGUUGAGACAGUCCGCCGCGCUGUGGAGCACGGCCUCCGCUGUCCGCUGCCGCCGGUACGCAGCGCCACCGUACACGGCUGUCUGUACCUGCUGCAGCUGGGACAGGGCGAGCUGAGCAGCGCAGUACUGCCGCCGCUAGGAGAGUUCGUACAGCGCAGCCUGCACCACAUCGCCACUGUGCCCGGCUACAACGACGACCACGACCUGUCGGUGUGGGCGGCGGCCGUGUACGUGUUGCAGCACUACGACGACGGCCUGGCCGAGUCCGAGUUCUCGCCGGCCGUACUGCAGCUGGCGCUCGGACUGGCCGGCAGCACCCGAUCCUCGGCGCUCUAUGAGGCUCUCAUGAAGGGCAUUGAGCGUCUGGUGGUGUGCGGCACGGUGAGCGCCGCCGCCGGGCCCCUGGAGCUGGCCGUGGAGCAGCUCAGGUCCCGCUCCGGCCCCGGGCAGCUGCACGCCCUCUCCCUGCUCACAGCGUGUCUGUUCUCCGGACCGGCCGCUGCCGGCGCGCACACCACACCAGAGACGUUCAUACACGUGCUGGAAAAGUACUCCAACGUGUUCACAAAGAUGAAGGCCACGCCGGGCUUCCUGUCGACGGUGCUGUGCAGCUCGGUCACCUCGGGCCUGCUGCAGCUCUGUCCGCCCUCCGAGGUCAUGAACCGAGUCAUUGGAGAGUUCAUAUCGCCCCACCAGAGCCACGUGCUGGCACUGGCCGACACAGUUUUCCAGGUGUUUGAGGCGUGCGUGAGCCAGCAGCAGGAGGCGCUGCUCCAGGACUGGGUGCUCUUCAGUCUGCCCAAUUUCGCCACGGCGCGUCCCUCUGCUCGCUCCACGUGGCUACUGUCCUGUUUCCUGGCCGGAGCCAGCCGGCGGCCGUGGCUGCGGGCCGCCUUCCCUCUGCUGCAGCGGUGUGGCGACGAGGUGGACCUGGCCGGCGGCCGGUGUCCGCAGCUGGCGCAGCUCUUCCUGGCGGCCGCCACCGACUUCUACUCCCAGCUGUCGGAGUCUCAGCGGCGCCAGUUCAUCGCAGCUGUCGAGACGCCGGCAUCUGGCGGCGACCCCACGUACAAACAGCUGCUGUUGACGCUGACAGAUGGCAGCACCGUGUCGGCCACCAGCGGCUGACCGGGCGGGGGAGGUGGCGUCUCUCUGAGGGAGGUAAAGAGUAGACGGUAGUGUAGACGGGCACUGUGCUGCUGAGCUCUGAGGAUACAGGGUAUACUGUGAGGCUCGGCGUAGGUUAGAGAUCCAGAGUUCCGGUGCCAAUAUUUUGACCCUACUCGGAGGGAGGCGGGCGCUGUAUUUUCGAAGGGACCUGAGUUGAUCUGCGCCCCUCUGGGCGUUAGAUGCUGGUAGUUCGAAGGUAGUGUAGUGAGUGAGCUGUUGAAUCAACAGUAGUCGGUAUAUCCGUAUAUGUAUAUUAUCUGGAGACCGGGAGCUGGCCGUUGGACAAGUCGAUCACCAGAGGCGGUAUUCAGAGUAUUUAUCCUAACCAAUGUGGCGUGCUGGCAUGUGGUCCUCCUAGACCACCAUCCAUCUCCCAGUGUGUGUUCUGUGCCAAUAUCGGGAGCACCGGAGCCCGGAAAGUCCUCUGUUAGUAGGCCCCAUGCCCGACACUUGCCCGACACUUGCGGCAUCUCGUUUGUUUCUCGCACAUCCAGCUCGCUUCAGGACAGACCGUCCCACCCGACAGUGUGUCGCCUUGGCCCUUGAUUUAGCCUCGCACCCACAACAGCUGCGUUUGUGAUAUGACCGGCGCGAGAACGAUGACUUUUGUUGCGUGCGGCGCACCGCAUCCUGCUUUCCUUUGUCACUGUGAUAAACUCGCGAGUCGGUGUCGUUUAUUUACAGAGCCGGUGACUGUUGUGUUGUCUGUUGUCUGUUUGGUUAGCUGAACUGGGUGGGGGAUCGGUUGGGCUAAUGAGCGUCGAAACUAAGGGGGCUGUCACUGGCCAGCUCGAUCGGUGGAACCCAGCCGUGUGAGGAAAGACGACACUAUGUCGAAAUAUAUCCCGUGUGAAACUGAA